CGGGCGCUGCGCUGCCGGGCCGUGCAGGCGCGGCGCGGGUGCCGCCGGCGCUGAGGCGCUGCCCGGCCUGAGCCAUGGUGAUCAUGUCGGAGUUCGCCUCGGCGCCCGCGGCCGCGCACGGCCAGCAGCGGCCCCUGCGAGUCGGCUUCUACGACAUCGAGAGGACGCUGGGGAAGGGCAACUUCGCCGUGGUCAAGCUGGCCCGGCACAGGGUGACCAAGACGCAGGUUGCAAUAAAAAUAAUAGACAAAACAAGGUUAGACCCAAGCAAUCUGGAGAAGAUUUAUAGAGAAGUUCAGAUAAUGAAGCUUUUGAAUCAUCCCCACAUUAUCAAGCUAUAUCAGGUUAUGGAGACAAAGGAUAUGCUGUACAUUGUUACUGAGUUUGCAAAGAAUGGAGAAAUGUUUGAUCACCUGACCUCCAACGGGCACUUGAGCGAGAGCGAAGCACGGAAGAAGUUCUGGCAGAUUCUCUCAGCAGUGGAAUAUUGUCACAGCCACCACAUCGUGCACAGGGAUCUCAAAACAGAGAACCUCCUGCUGGAUGCUAACAUGAAUAUCAAAUUAGCAGACUUUGGCUUUGGAAACUUUUACAAGUCGGGAGAGCCCCUCUCCACUUGGUGUGGAAGCCCACCCUAUGCAGCUCCAGAAGUUUUCGAAGGCAAAGAAUAUGAAGGCCCUCACCUUGAUAUAUGGAGCCUUGGGGUGGUUCUGUACGUCCUUGUCUGCGGUUCUCUGCCUUUUGAUGGACCCAAUUUACCAACUCUGAGGCAAAGAGUGCUGGAGGGGCGGUUCCGCAUCCCAUACUUCAUGUCUGAAGACUGUGAAACACUAAUCCGACGGAUGCUGGUUGUGGACCCAACCAAGCGGAUAACCAUCUCCCAGAUAAAGCAGCACAAGUGGAUGCAGGCUGACCCCUCCCUUCAGCAGCAGCAGUCCUUGUGCUUCUCCAUGCAAAAUUACAACUCCAAUCUGGGCGACUACAACGAGCAGGUCCUUGGCAUCAUGCAAACCCUUGGCAUCGACAGGCAGAGGACUGUGGAGUCUCUGCAGAACAGCAGCUACAACCAUUUUGCUGCCAUUUAUUACCUGCUCCUGGAGCGCCUCAAGGAGUACCGGAGCAGCCAGGUGUCCGCUCGGCCAGCAGCCGGCCGGCAGCCGCGGCCCAGGAGCUCCGAGAUCACCAACGCCGAGAUGCCUCAGGACAGUCUCACUAGUGAAACCCUGCGAUCAUCUCUGCUUUACCAGCAACCUCAGAGCCUGAUUCAGCCAUCUUUGCAGGCAGAAAUGGACUGUGACAUAAGCAAUCCAUUACAGCCUGUAUUCUUCCCUGUGGAUACCAACUUCAACGGGCUCUUCCGGAACCGCUCCAUCUCCCCGAACAGCCUGCUGGAGACCACCAUCAGUGAGGAAGUGAGGCAAGAGAAGGAGCUGGAAGAUGAAAUUAAGGCAUUUGACCACCCCAUCUGCAUCCCUAGCAACACCAGCAGGAGGCACACCCUGGCUGAAGUGACCACCCAUUUCUAUCAGCAUGUCCCUCCAUGUAUAGUCAUUUCCUCCUCUGCCAGCCCCACAGAGGGAACUAGCUCAGACAGCUGCCUUACUUCAUCUUCAAAUGACAGCUCAGUGGCCCUGAGCAGCUGUUUGGCAGGUCAAGUAAUGACGGGGAGCCCGGCCACAGCGAGGAUGACGUCUCCUUUCCUCGCUUCCCAGUCUGACGCUCCCGUGUUACAAGCCCAGGGCUGCAUGGGAGGUGCUUCUCUCCUGCCUGUCAGCUUCCAAGAAGGAAGGAGAGCAUCUGAUACCUCAUUAACUCAAGGCUUGAAGGCUUUUAGGCAGCAGCUGCGGAAGAACGCUCGAGCCAAGGGGUUCCUCGGCUUGAAUAAAAUCAAAGGCUUUGCUCGGCAGGUGUGUCAGUCCUCCUCCUCUCGGGCAGCAAGGAGUGCCAUGAGCCCUUUCCAGCACACGCAGCCCAGCACCUGCAUGUACAGCAGCAGCGGGAGCAGCAGAGAGGGGAGAAGCUUCCUGGAGGAGGUGCUGCAGCAGCAGAGAAUGCUCCAGUUCCAGCAUCACCAACUACUCCAAACAGCUUGUCCCCACUCCCACACACCUGCAGCAAGCAGCUUCCCCUCCUCUGACGGGCCGGGUACCUGCAAAGCCUCCAACUCCAUUCUGCUGUCAGAGCUGCAAAGAGAGAACUCCUUUGAGCUGGCCUUCGCUGGCAGCAGCCAGCUGCUCCAACCUCACUUGUUCGGGGUGAGCGUGUCCCCGGUGUCGUCGGCCGCUCACCUGCUGGACACGCAGCUGUACAUCAGCGGCGCCGUGCCCCCGCUGGCCGCCGGCUUCUCCCAGCAGCAGAGCUUCUCCGCGCCCUCGCCGGGCUACGACGGCGUCGCCCUGCAGCACGGGGACUGCGAGAUGGAGGACCUGACUGCCAGCCAGCUGGGCAAGUUCGUGCUGGUCAAGUGAGAGCUUCGGGCCGCUCUCCUUGCGGGGAGCUUUCACCACUGGCGGCGUGGGGACGAGUGACUCUCAGAAGCAAUAAAUUUUGAAGUAUGUGAAGAGGCUGCCUGGUAAAGCAGGCAACUUUAUAGGACUGAAACAAGCAAUAUGUAUGUCUUUUUGCUUCUACUAUUCUUGCACUGAACAAAUACGAAUAGAAACUGGUUUUUUGUUUUUUUAAAGGAAAAAAAAAAAUAAUGAUGGGGCAGAUGGGUGGGGCAUUUGUGGGGGCAGGGAGGGAUGUGGUUGGGGAAGAACUCUUCGGUACUGUACUCAAGUCAGACCAAUACAGCUCUGCUGUUAUGCAAGAUUAGCAGCUGUCAGUAGUGGUGACACAGCAGGGAGAGGCUUUUCAAAGAAGGGACCAGAGCCUCCCUUUUUCACAAUAUUCAUUUAUGGGUUUGUGAAGAUGAUUACCUCUUUAAAAAAAAAAAAUAAACAGAAAACCAGUGGCAUGCAGCAUUAUGCAUUCAUAGGAGACAAAAAUGGAAGCAUUGCCAUUUGUUGUUUUUCCUUUUCCCUCCUGUUAACACUCAUUUUAUUUAAAGGAACCAACAUCCCCAUUCCACACCUCCCGGAUACACAUAUUUUAAAUGAAAACUGUGAACUUCUUGCUUGAUACAUCAGCUGGAAAAGCUCAGCAUGCCCUUCUAAUUAGUACAGAAGCAGUAACUAUUGGAAAUGUAUCCCUUGAUAAUCAGGAUCCAAAUUGCAUAAUGCCUGGUCUUUUGCAGGGAUGUUUGUUUGAGAGUGGUGUGUGUGUGUACAUACACACAGGUGCACACAUGCCCAUAUUUUGUUGGUCUGGGUAUUCUUUAGGAAUCUUUUUAUAAACUCUAAGUUUGUUCAUAUUCUUGCCGAGGCACUGAGGAGGGAAGCAGCAGCACCUGUGGGGUAAUGGGAUGGGUUUUCUUUUUAAAAAUCCCUCCUGGAGGUUGCCUACAAAGUUGCCUGAGGGGUAUUUCUUAGUGCUGCACAUUGUUAUUUCCGCUGCUAAUUAUGUUUUUUAUGCAUUUCAUUAUCAGGGUCCAAACAGAACUGACUCUUGGGGAAAUGUGCAAUAUUGAGGUUAUAAUUAUAUACUGACAAAGACAAAAGGAAUAGGCUAGAACAGAAUUCUACUCUAACGGAGUACAGCUUGUUCUGAACAAAACUGUAUUAAAAGUGAGUAAAACAGCACAA